UGCCACGCCGGGUGAUGCGGCCACACCGGUGACACCCGCUGACGCCGCCACGCUGGGUGACACCGUCACACUGGAACCUCCCUCCAGCACAGCCUUUCAGGAUGAUGCACCCAGGAGCGCCAGCGGGGACCCUCCAGCCGCGUGGCUGCUGACCCAGGGGUGCUGCCAGGCACCAAUGCAGAGCUCCCGGGAGCGCAGGGCAGAGCCCAUGGCAGCCCCGGCCCGGCUGCAUGGUGUGGGUGCCCCUGAGCCCCACAAGCAGUGACCGCCGGGCCCCGCUGCGCACUCCCAGCACCACCACCAUGUCUUUGGAGUGGCUGACGGGCUGGAGCUGGUCCCUGGACGGACUCCGCGAUUUCAUCGCCACCGGCAUCCAGUCUUUCCGCGACUGCGACGCCACGGCGCUGGCGGCCGUCGCCUGCCUGCUGGUCCUCUUCGUGUGGUACUGCUACCACGUGGGGCGGGAGCAGCCCCGCGCCUACGCCACGGUGAACGCGCUGAUGCAGAGCGCCGAGGCCAACGGCGUGCAGAACGGCUUCGUGUACUGCCAGUCGCCCGAGUGCGUGCGCUGCUCGCACCACGACGGCCUCAACCAGAAACUCUACCACAACCUGCAGGAGUACGCCAAGCGCUACUCCUGGUCCGGCAUGGGCAGGAUCCACAAGGGUAUCCGUGAGCAGGGCCGCUACCUCAACAGCCGGCCCUCCAUCCAGAAGCCAGAAGUCUUCUUCCUGCCCGACUUGCCCACCACGCCCUACUUCUCCCGGGACGCUCAAAAGCACGACGUGGAGUUGCUGGAGCGCAACUUCCAGACCAUCCUGUGCGAGUUUGAGACCCUCUACAAGGCGUUCUCAAACUGCAGCCUCCCCCAAGGAUGGAAAAUGAACAGCACGCCCAGCGGGGAGUGGUUCACCUUCUACCUGGUGAACCAGGGCAUGUGCGUGCCCAGGAACUGCCGGAGAUGCCCACGGACGUACCGCUUGCUCGGGAGCCUCCGCACCUGCAUUGGCAACAAUGUCUUUGGGAACGCCUGCAUCUCUGUGCUGAGCCCGGGCACCGUCAUCGCCGAGCACUACGGGCCCACCAACAUCCGCAUCCGCUGCCACCUCGGUCUGAAGACACCCAGCAACUGCGAACUGGUGGUGGGGGGCGAGCCCCAGUGCUGGGCUGAGGGCCGGUGCCUGCUCUUCGACGACUCCUUCCUGCACACGGCAUUCCACGAAGGUGCCCCGGAGGAAGGUCCCCGCGUGGUGUUCAUGGUGGACCUGUGGCACCCCAACGUGGCCGCGGCCGAGCGCCAAGCCCUCGACUUCAUCUUCGCGCCGGGACGGUGACGGCGCUGCCCGGCCUGCUGGCUCCAGGGCGGCUCGGCCGGGGCCUCUCCCGGCACACACGGCCUCGGGGCUCCCUCCCGGGGGCUUGUAAAUGGAAACUGUGACGUGUAUCCGCGCCCAUCUCCUUCCUCCAUCGUUGGCUUCGGGGAUUCUUUUCCAAGCGCCGCUGGGCCUCGCCGCCCCCCUGCUCCGUCGUGUUCUGUUGCUACUGUGUUUUUGCGGUGUUCAGAAGUAGAGUAACAAACCCAAGGGUGCUCGUUUGAAUGUAAUGUAAAAAUUUUCUCGUGGUCAUCAAAGGAACAACACACCCACCCACACACACACCAUAACAGCCAACCGGCCUGCCCUGCCCGGAUGGACGGACAGAUGGACACUGGGGGCUGCCGUGGGCACUGUGCUCCCCCAGGCUGGGCUGAUGGGUCAGGCAGGGCACAGCCCUGCCCACAAAGAGCCCUCCUGGGGCUCCUGCUUCC